AUGUCUGGUCUAGCAAUCAUCCGCCCUGCACGGGCAACCUCAAUCCUGCGCCGGGUCGUGCCGUCCACAAAGCUCACCCCUCGCACACUGCACAGUCUAUCCGACUCCAAGCUCCGCACCAACCCAGGCAAAACCCAAUUGACCUCGCUGCAAUUGCGACCCCUUUCUUUUCCCACGCCAACUACUAGAAGCUUCUCUUCUCUCAAAACCUCAAGCGGCAAAGCGGAAGCAGACCUCCUAGUCGAGGAAUUGCAAGAGCUGUACGAAGUCGCGAAAGACGAAUUUGAAAUCGCCACCGAAAGCACCGAUACCUCCACCAUCUACGCAGCUUCGGAUCGGGAGUCUGCGCGUGAUGCCCUGAACCAACUCUCUUCUGUUUAUGGGCUCUACACAGCGAAGCCUGGGGAAAUUGCGAAUGACAAUGCGAGUGAGGAGGCGGAGGGUGACGGGACGAUUAUUGAGACGAAUUAUAAUCCCGCUGAGAUUCCACAGGGUGUUAAGGAUGAAGUCCGCAGACGGGUUGGGCAACGCAUUCGGGAGUUGAGGUCUGCUGUUGAAGCCUUGGAGGAGAGGGCUAUGGAGCAUUGA